GAGCGGCCGUUGGCGGCGGGAAGCGGCGCGGCGCGGCGCGGACGCGGUCUGGUACAGCGCUAUGGGUAACGUACCGGCGGAAGAUGAAGUAACACUCCUUGAAAGAGAUAUGAAAGAGUUUUGGAACCAGUUUAAAUUCAGUUAUGGCACUGAACAGAACAAACAGACUUCAGCGCUGAAAGAUUUGUGCACGGAGACUUUAGAAGCUCUUGCAGAGAAAUGGUCCAAGAAGCUGAAAGAAGAGGAUGUGAUGAUUGACAAAAUUCACGAGUAUAAAAAUGAGAUUCUCCAGCAGAGCAAAUACAUAGCAGAAAAGGAAGAGCAGUUGACAGAAAUAAGAUCAGAGCUAAAUCAAGAACAAGAGCAGCAGAAGAACUUGAUGGACAGCAUUGAAGAGCUUAAACAAGAGUUGAUGAAGAAAAUGGAAAUAAAAUCUUCUAAAAAUAAAGCUGCCAAGGAGAAACUGGAACAAGUGAGCAAGAUUAAAACAUUGUUUAAAGAGCAUCUUGCGUUGGAGAUGCGUAGAAUUCCAGAUGAGCAAUUACAGUUUAUAUUCAGGCACAUUGACCACAAAGAUCCUGAUAAGCCCUACGUGUGUACCCUUUCCAUAAAUGAACAAGGGGACUAUGAAGUGAAUUCCUGUACUCCUCCUCUGGACUGUAUUGCAGAGUUACAGCUUAAACUGAGAGAAACUAACAAUUUUUCUGCAUUUAUUGCCAACAUCAGAAAAGCUUUCACUGCUUUAUCAUAUAAACAGUCUGCAUGAAACUGGUUUGUACCUCUCUUUCUGGAUGUAGAGCACUCUUACUCCCUUCCUGUUGGUGAAAUGCUGUAUUUAUCAAUGUUUGAUUCCUAAUUUCUAAAUAAAGAUCAUGAAAGUGAUAUUUUAGUCUAUUGUUAUCUGGACACAUUUUGAAUCAUUCCUUGAACAUUGGUAUCACCAACUACUGCCUUAACUGAAUGUCUGGACAUGUAAAUUUUGAUCCAUUACAUGCAUUAAUGGUGCAAUGGUUUGUAUUUAACUGCCCCGGGGAGAUAAUCAAAAUAAAGUAGCUUCUGUAGUUUGUGUAUCUUUUCCAAAAGCAUGGAUGUCUCUGUCAGAUUUCUGCGUCGUAGAAAUAGGCCUGAAACCUAUUAAAAAAAAUAGUUUGCUGAAGCUUAACGCUUGUUUCAGUUACUUGUGUCAUAGGUCAUUGUCCUGAUUUUUACCGUAACUUGUACUCUACAGUGUUAGCAUUUAUAUUCAUGCAUCUAAAUAUUUUUCUUCUGGUCUGUUAAACUUUGUCAUUGGAAACCUUUUGACAUCGCAAAGCCUGAAGUAUAAUGUAUUAAAGUAUGAAAUAUAGUGGUGACAGAUAAAUCAUGUGUGCAUUUUUCAUCUUAUCAAGAAGACUAUUACUACCACAAUGCUUAGCUUUGAUUGAAAAUAUUCUUUUUCUAUCCUGUAAACUGUUAUCAUUUUUACAGAAAUAUUUAAAAGGACUGUUGCAACAAUAAGGAAAAUGUUUCAUUUGAUAAUAUACCAUAGUUGAAAUAAAGACUUGACUAGGUUCAGUCCUAGAAAUUCUAGUGCAUCAAAAACUAAUAUGUAUGACCUAGUAAUUUAGGCAUGUUUAAAUGUGGUGAUCAGAUCUGA